UAGAUUCCCACACUCCAGUCCAGUCCAGUCUUCCAUCUCCCGCCGCACGAAAGGCCGGAACCCCCGAUCUCCGGCGAGCGACAAUGUCGCUCCACCAGCGGCCGCACCAGAAGCCGGCGGCCGCCGGCGACGCCCUCCCCAUCUCCUCCCCCUCCGCCGGUACAGCUCCAUCCCGGCCGCUCCCCCUCCUCACGCUCCCCUACCUCUUCUCCCUCCUCGCGCUCCUCCUCUUCGCCGCCCUCCUCCUCCCCUGGGGCCCCACCCGCCCCUCCUCGGUCCCCGCCUCCCCGUGGCGCGCCUACACGCUCCAGGAGGCCGCGGCCUUCGCCGCCGCCGCGGGCAACGGCACCGUGCUCCUCGCCGCGGUCUCCGGGCCCUACCUCCCCUUCCUCUCCAACUGGCUCAUCAGCGUCCGCCGCGCCGGCCGCGCCGACCAGGUGCUCGUCAUCGCCGAGGACUACGAGACUCUAGACCGCAUCAACGCCGCCUGGCCGGGGCACGCCGUCCUCGUGCCCCCCGCGCCCGACGCCCAGGCAGCGCACAAGUUCGGAUCCCAGGGUUUCUUCAACUUCACCUCGCGCCGGCCGCGGCACCUGCUGCAGAUUCUUGAGCUGGGGUACAGCGUCAUGUACAACGAUGUCGACAUGGUGUGGCUCGCCGACCCGUUCCCCUACAUCGUCGGGGAUCACGACGUCUACUUCAUGGACGACAUGACUCCUGUGAAACCACUCGGUCAUUCGCAUGAGCUGCCACCGCCGGGUAAGAAAGGGAGGACAUAUAUCUGCAGCUGCAUGAUCUUCCUCCGGCCGACUGAAGGUGCCAAGCUGUUGCUAAGGAAGUGGAUUGAGGAGCUCAAGGAGCAGCCCUGGUCGAAGCAGAGGAAGUCAAAUGAUCAGCCAGGUUUCAACUGGGCUUUGAACAAGACUGCUGGGCAGGUUGAUGUGUACCUGCUGCCUCAGUCUGCAUUUCCAACUGGAGGCCUAUAUUUCAAGAAUAAAACAUGGGUCAAAGAGACAAAGGGCAAACAUGUCAUUAUACAUAAUAACUACAUCACAGGGUUUGAGAAGAAGAUAAAACGGUUCCGUGAUCAUGGGCUGUGGCUGGUAGAUGAGCACAGCGAUGAGUCUCCACUUGGCAGAAUAUGAGCAUGCUAUCAAGGCUGAAGCACAUCUCUGCCGGCAACAGCAUCGCAAUUUUGUAGCUGGUGCUUGACUUGCAGCCUGCCGAAUUUCCGCAGAACCAAACGUUGGACAAUGUUUGGUCCACCACGCAAGAUGCAGCACUCAAAGAUCAAAUGCUUAAUUCCUUAUGCAGAAUAUUUUAGUUGCUAACAUCCUGUUUGUUCCGUAUGUCAAGCCCUUGUAGAGGUAUCCUUUCCCAUGAGACCAUGAUGAUUAUUGUUUUGAUUGUAUUUGUUCUUAGAAAAUGGCAUGUUUGACGGGGAACGUUAAGAGUGGUUGAACAGAUCUCUCAGUUAGUACAUUGAUUGACUCACUUUUUGUAUAGCAUACGACUUUGUUAGCCUGUAUCAUCAUUACUGCAAGUAAGUUAUUGUUUUCAGCUA